UGAUCUCAUGAUUUUGAUAAAUGAUGAAAGAUGACAGCGCCUUUUUAGAGAUAAGAUAAUAAACACUCGCUGCUGAGCAUCACCCGAUUCACUUUUUAAAACUCUGGCAAAGAACUAGGCAGAAAAUACUGAUACAGCUUUGAGAUGGCACCAAAACUUAAACUCAUCUACGUGGAUGCCAAGGCUUUGGCCGAACCCUUACGUUUCCUCUUCGCUUAUGGAAAUUACCAGUAUGAGGAUUACCGCAUCACCCACGAGGAUUUCAGGAGCGAUAAGAGCCGCUUCCCCUACAACAAAAUCCCUAACUUGGAAAUUGAUGGAAAACUUGUGCACCAGAGUAUGGCCAUGGCUCGCUACUUUGCAAAGCAGGUUGGGCUUGCAGGCGAUAGUAUUGAGGAGGAGCUUCUCAUUGAUACGGCCGUGGACACUUUGGCUGAUUACAGACACCAGUUGAUCACUUACUUCUACGACACUAAUGAAGAAUCCCGCAAAAGGAAGAAGGAACAGGCCUUCCAGAUUUUCCUACCUUUCUAUCUGGGUCGUCUUGAACAGCAAGUCAAGGACAACAACGGAUAUUUGGUCAAUGGAAAGCUCACUUGGGCUGACAUUGUGCUGGCGGGAGUUCAAGAUUACGUGAACUACAUGGCCGGUUACGACCUACUUAAGGACUAUCCAGCUCUGAAAGCCUUGGAACAGAAAGUUCUGGGAAUCCCAUCUAUCAAAGCCUGGGUUGCCAAACGCCCGGACACGGAGAUGUAAAAAUUUCAAGACUUUGCCCGUCAAUGCAAAAUAAAAUUUUGAAGUUA